UCGCGAUUCGGUCUCGGUUUUCAGUAGCGCUUCUCCAGCCGCUCUGUUCAGUUCGCGACCCUCGAAAGACCGCCACAGCAUAAUAUACCCGUCAUAUACUUCGUACAAUAUAUACCUGAACGGAACUGCGCACAAAGAUAUACUAGUAGUACACAACGGAUCGGGUUUCGUGCGCCUUAGAAAAUCCGAAUUCCGCAAGAGAGCUCCGCCGCUUCGUUUGAGGCCAAUUGACCUGAUUUCAGGUUGGGGGUUUUAAUUUGAUUUUGCGCAUUCUGGGCAACGCGGAAACAUUAUGCAAGAACACCGCGCGUGAGUGACCGAGUGCACAAGUGCAGCAGAUUCAUAAUCGUAAGAGCAUAAAUAUAUCUAUUAAAAUGCCAACGAAACGCAGCAGAACAUUCAGGCAAUGCAGAUCAACGCUGCUGCUGCUGGCUCUUUUGCUGACGACUUUCUUAAUGAGUAUAUCCUGUACGAGCGGUGCCCGCGAUCACCGAAGGCAGACCAACUUGGAGGCCAAAGUUGGCUCCCACGUGGUCUUCAACUGCUACAUCGACUUCCCUUUCGAUGCCCCCAUACCGUACUUGGUGCACUGGAGCAAGGAUAGCAAGAAAAUCUUCACCUGGUACGAACAGGAGACCUCAACCAAUGAGCUUUUCAAUGGCCGACUGCAUUUAGUGGAAAACCAUCCGGAAUUUGGAAGGGCCUCCGUCAAUCUGACCGCCAUCCGGGAAUCGGACCAGGGCUGGUACCACUGCCAAGUUAGCUUCCCCAAUCGCUCGCCCUCGGUCCGCAACAAUGGCACGGCGUACCAUUUGGCGGUCCAGGGUGGCUCCCUCAUCCGCAUCCCGCCCGUGAAUCAGACCAUCCAGGAGGGCCAGACCGCCUUCUUCCACUGCGUUAUGAAGUAUCCGGAUAACUCGCUGGCCUCCUGGUACAAGGACGGAGUGCUGCUGCAGGAGGUUCAGGAUUUGGUCAGGAGAUCCUACAUGGGUCCCGAUGGCAGCCUCAGCAUCGAUCCCACUAUGAUGAGCGAUCUGGGCGAGUACGAGUGCAAGGUGCGCAACAGCGAGGGCGAACUGCAGACGGCCAAGGCCUUUCUCAACAUACAAUAUAAGGCCAAGGUGAUUUACGCCCCGCCGGAGGUUUACCUGCCGUACGGCCAGCCCGCCGUGCUCGACUGCCACUUCCGGGCAAAUCCGCCGCUGAAGAAUCUGCGCUGGGAGAAGGACGGCCUUCUCUUCGACUCGUACAACGUGCCCGGGGUAUUCUACAAGAUGAACGGCAGCCUGUUCUUCGCCAAGGUGGACGAAAACCAUGCCGGCAGCUAUACGUGCACGCCCUACAACGACCUCGGCACGGACGGACCAUCGCCGGUCAUCAGCGUGAUUGUGCUCCGUCCGCCCAUCUUCAGCGUCACGCCCAAGGCCAUCUACAUCCAGAAACUGGGCGAGGCGGCCGAGCUGCCCUGCGAAGCCAUCGACCGGGACGGAAACAAUCGGCCCUCCAUUGUCUGGAGCAGGAAAGACGGCCAGCCACUGCCGGCGGACAGGUUCAGUCUCAGCGGCGGCAACCUGACCAUCACGGGUCUGGUGGAGGGGGACCGUGGAAUGUACGAGUGCUCCGCCACCAAUGAGGCGGCCACCAUCACGGCGGAGGCCGAGCUCAUGAUUGAGAACAUCGCACCGCGGGCGCCGUACAAUCUCACGGCCAACAGCACGGAGACCUGCAUCACCAUACGCUGGCAGCCAGCUUCAGGUUACCUUCGCCCAAACCUGGAGUACACAGUGUGGUAUCGACUCAUGGAAGCUCCCGAAUGGCGCACUCUCCGUGUAAUGGAUAAAAAAGUGAUGGAGGCCACUGUACAGCAUCUGCAGCCAGGCAAGGAAUACGAAUUCAUGGUGCUCAGCCAAGACAAGCACGGCGACGGAAUGUUUAGCAAACAGUUUCGUUUCCAAACGCAGCCCUCUCCAAUACGAGCUGAGGACUUCGACGCCCAGCAAUUGCAACAUGAUCUGGGUCAAGUGACUGCUCCUGCCGGGGGGUUGGGAGCACCUUGGAACCUCACUGCCAUAAGCAACCAGCAGGGCUGGCUACUUCACUGGGAACAUCCCGUCCAGGGAUUGGAAGGAUUAAGGCUGUAUGCCGUUCGCUGGUGGAAGGAGCCCGAGCACUUUCUCAUUGGCCAUGCGGAGACCUUUGAUAACUUUUAUCAAUUGCGUCACCUCAAGGAGGAUACUCUGUUCAAGGUGCAAGUCAUGGCCGUGGGAACCAACACCCAACUAUCGGUGCCCAGCCAUGAACUCUUAAUAGAUGUUCCUUCGCAAAGGAAAGUUCGAGCCUUGAUUAUCGGCAGUUCGGUGGGUGUGAUCUUUCUGCUCUGCGCCCUGUGCGCUUUUUUAUACGUGAAGCGGAGCUGCCUAAGGCAUCUGUUCGCCAAGGAUAGCUCCGCUGGCGAGGAUGAGGACACUGCGGAGAGCGGCGAUUGCGACAGCGACGAACAGGAGCGGGAUCGAGACAGCAUUAAGAUACGCCAGUCCACCUGAGGAUUGCUCCAGAUCCGCUGGCAAUUUGGCAGCGAACAGGUUGGCCAGUGAAAAUUAGGGAGAAGGAUGUUAUUCAUCGUGCACCAGUCCGUGGGAAUCUGACUUUUAAUAUACGUCUAGCUGCUAUCUGUACCAUAAACUCUUCUAAUUAAAAAGUUUAACUAACCGAAUUCGAGAACAAAAUAAAUAAAACAGAAACAUGUCGAAUGUGA